AUGGCGAGAUGGCAAAUGUUAUUAGCAGAAUUCGACCUAGUAUAUGUGAGCCAGAAAGCUGUGAAAGGUAGUGUCAUUGCAGAUUUUUUGGCAAAUAGGGCACUAGAAGACUAUGAACCAGUAAAAUUCGAAUUCCCAAACGAGGACUUAAUGACCAUAUAUACAAUAGAAGAAGAGGAAGCUCCAAAAGAUGAAAUAUGGAAGAUGAAUUUCGAUGGUACAUCAAAUGCUGUUGGGUAUAGAAUUGGGGCAGUAUUGGUGUCACCUGAAGGAAAUCACUAUCCUUUCACCAGUCGUCUCACUUUUGAAUGUACAAACAACAUGGUUGAGUAUGAAGCUUGUAUCAUGGGGAUCCGAGCUGCAAUUGAACGUAAAAUCAAAAUCCUAGAAGUAUUCGGAGAUUCAGCCUUAGUUAUCUAUCAACUUCGUGGAGAAUGGAUGACUAGAGAUUCCAAAUUGGUAGAGUACAAGAAUCUAGUCAUGGAUCUGAUAAAAAGAUUUGAGGAGAUUACUUUUAGUUAUCUCCCGAGAGAAGAAAACCAGAUGGCGGAUGCUUUAGCCACACUAGCGUCAAUGUUCAAAGUCAAUAACCAAGCUUGCAUGAUGCCCAUCCAAAUGAGUAUAAGAGAAAUACCGGCUCACUAUUGUAAUAUUGAAGAAGAGGAUGAGGAGGAUGGUUUCCCUUGGUACUAUGAUAUUCUUCAAUAUGUGAAAUAUCGAACUUAUCCUACUGAAGCUACUGAAAACGACAAACGAACCCUAAGAAGAUUGACUAUGGGGUAUGUCCUUGAUGGAGAUGUUUUGUAUAAAAAAGGAAAAGAUCAGAUACUACUGAGAUGUGUAGACAAAGUUGAAGCCAAUAAGAUACUUGAAGAAGUCCACGAAGGAAUUUGUGGGACACAUGCAAAUGGUUUCACAAUGGCCAAACAAAUUAUGAGGUUUGGUUAUUACUGGUCAACAAUGGAGGGGGAUUGCAUCAGCUUUGCACGCAAAUGCCAUAAAUGUCAAAUCCAUGGUGAUAAAAUACACGUUCCUCCUUCACAACUUCAUGUAAUGACCGCACCGUGGCCAUUUUCAAUGUGGGGCAUAGAUGUUAUUGGGGCAAUCUCACCAAAGGCUUCAAACGGGCAUCGUUUCAUCCUAGUAGCUAUUGACUAUUUCACCAAGUGGGUUGAAGCUGUCUCAUAUGCCAGUAUCACGAAAGGAGUAGUGUGCAGAUUCUUAAGAAAGGAAAUUAUCUGUAGAUAUGGAACCCCAGGAAAGAAUCAUCACAGAUAA